CUUCGUUCUGCUUCUGAAUCUCUGAAGUUUUGUGACUGCAGUGCAUGUUUAUACUUUGUCAGUUUGUUGUAUUGUUUUAUUUCAUAAAUUUUAUGUUCAUUAUACGUUUUUUCCAUUUUUUUAUUAUGUUUAAUCUAGUAUGGCGAGCAAAGGAAAAACAGUGUCUCAGUCUCAAGACUCUCAACCUACAAGUUGUGGUUCUGGAUCAGCUACACCUCAGCCACCAUUAUGGUCAUACGUGAAUCUAAUGGGGAAACCUCCUGGAGGCGGUGGAAAUGCUUUUUUUAGGUGUAAUUUUUGUGAGGGACAGUUCAAUGGAUCAUAUACAAGAGUGAAAGCACAUCUAUUAAAAAUCAGUCAAAAAGGAAUUCAACCAUGUAAGAAAAUCACUAACGAGACUUUGGCUCAGUUGAAGAAAGAACAAAAAGCCUUUGAGAAUAAGAAAAGCACAUCAUCUGGAUCUGGUUUCAUUGACAUUGCUUCAAUUUUACAUGAUGAUAUUCAGAAUCCUACCAAAAAAAGAAAAGUUGUUGAUGUUCAUCAGAAAUCAAUUAAGGAUUCAUUUAGUUUACAAGGACGGCGAGAAUUAGAUCUAAAAGUGGCGACAUUUUUCUAUGCUAAUUGCAUACCAUUUAAUGUAGCUAGAAGUCCAUAUUGGAGAGACUUAGUUACAUCUAUUGCAAAUUCUAACUUGACUGGGUAUGUUCCCCCUAGUUCUGAAAGGCUUCGCACUGUACUACUAGAACAACAGAUGACUCGAGUGAACAAAUUGUUAAGAGUCUCAAAAGUUCACUUGGGAUCAACACGGAGUUUCUAUUGUUUCUGACGGCUGGACAGAUUUGCAACGACGCCCUCUUAUUAAUUUCAUUGCAACUUCAGCAAAUGGACCAAUUUUCUUGAAAGCAAUAGAUGCAUCUGGUGAAUACAAAAGUGUUGAGUAUUUGAAAGGAUUGUUUAUGGAAAUAAUUGAAGAAGUGGGGAAAGAAAACGUUGUUCAGCUAAUUACAGACAAUGCACCUGUAUGUAGAGCAGCUGGUAUUAUUGCGAUAGAAAAGAAGUACCCUCAUAUCUUUUGGACUUCUUGUGCAGUUCAUAGCUUAAAUUUGGCUCUAAAGAGUAUAUGCAAUCCACCAAGUAAAGAGCAAGAUCCUCAUGCUUAUGAAUUAUGUUCGUGGAUUGAAGACUUGGAAAAGGAUGUGAGGAACAUCAGAAAUUUCAUAGUAAAUCAUCAACAUGCACUUUCCAGUUAUAACAAGCAUUCUGAUCUAAAAUUAUUAAGAGUUGCAGAGACACGUUUUGCAUCUCUAAUUGUUAUGGUCAAAAGGAUAAAAAGGGUGAAAAGUGCAUUGAUCAGUAUGGUGACUGAUGAUGAUUGGAGUUUCUACCGUGCUGAUGAUGAUGACAAAGCUCAAGCAAUCAAAGGAAUGAUUCUUGAAGACAAGUGGUGGGAUCAAAUCUUUUAUUUUCUUGCAUUUACAGAACCGAUCUGGGAGAUGUUGAGAGUUCUUGAUUGUGAUAAUUCAACGUUGCACUGUGUGUAUGAGAUGUGGGACACUAUGAUUGAAAAAAUCCAAGAGGUUAUUUUUAAGCAUGAAAAAAAAAGUAUUGCACUUGAAGAUUCAGCAUUUUUUUAUCAUGUGCAUAGAAUAUUGAUUGCAAGAUGGGAUAAAAGUAGCAAUCCUCUUCAAUGCAUGGCACAUACAUUAAAUCCUAAAUAUUAUGGAAAAAAGUGGCUUACAGGGGGUGUUGGAAGAACCCCACCACAUCUGGAUCUAGAAUUAUCAACAAACAGAGUAGCAUGUAUUAAUAGGAUUUUCAUUGAUGUACAUCAAAAUCGCCGAGCUAAUGAUGAGUUUGAAAGGUUUUCUACUGGAAUUGGAGAAGAUGUAGGUGCAACUGUAGACAAAGAUAAUUAUCCAUCUUUAUCUUGGUGGAUUAAACAUGGAACUGCUUAUCCUACUCUUCAAUACCUUGCUUUCAGAUUGCUAGUUCAACCUGCUACAUCUUCAUGCUGUGAGAGAAAUUGGAGUACAUAUUCACAAAUCCACACUAUAAAACGAAAUAAUCUCACAAGCAAACGUGCAGAAAAUCUGGUUUAUGUGCAUUCUAACCUUCGGCUUCUAUCACGGAACAAAGAAGAAUAUAGGGAAGGAGAAACUAAAUAUUGGGACGUGAAUGUUGAGGACUUUAACUUAGAACAAGAGAAUGAACUUGAAGUUGUUAAUUCAAGAUUCGAAGAACCUUGUAUUCCCUCAACAUCUUCUAUUGUGGAAGAAGAGGAGAUUGGGGAGAACGAUGAUUUGGGCAUUGAUGAUGACUAGAAUGAUGAUGAACAAUGUUUUGUGAUGAUUGAUGAACAAUGUUUUGUAACUUUCUUUGAGACUUUCUUGCUUAUGUCUUAGCAGUUAUCACUUUUGAGAUUGGUGAUGAACAAUGUUUUGUUUGAGACUUUCUUUAUUAUCAUUUUUAAUUUUUUUGAAUAUAAUAUUCGCCGUAUCCGCGUAUCCUAAAAUUUUGAAAAUGCCGUGUCCCCGUACCCGUACCCG